CACUACUUUUGACAAAGGCCCAUUGGGUUCUGGUCAACAGUAGUGCACUAUAAAGGGAAUAGGGAGACAUCCUGAGUACCUCAUAAUUAUGUUAGUCUUGUGUAGAACUAGUAUAGGAUAAUAAACUCCAUUCAUGGUUUGAUGGAGGUAGGAGAUUAGAUACCUCAUCAUUAUGUUAGUCUUGUGUAGAACUAGUAUAGGAUAUUAAACUCCAGUUAUGGUUUGAUGGAGGUAGAAUAUGAGUCAGUGAAGAAGACAGGGCCUCAUGUAGAGCAAUGAGAAUAGCUGGUGAUUGGUUAACUUCAGAGGCCCCUCCCUCUGGUCCUCCCUGUCUGUCUCCUUAUAGGUGGGUUCUGCAGCCUCUCCUCUCCUCACACUCCAACCCUGCUCAUCUCUCAGCUGGACAGUAAGGGCCUUUCACACCACACACUGACAACAUGCUGGGGACACUCUGCACUCUCAUCACUGCUCUAACAUAUGUCAGUUGCCAGAAAGCAGUGACACAGACACCUUCAGUACUGACUGUCAGUACAAAGAGUACUGCCACUUUUUACUGUGACAUCACCAAAGAUGAAGGCAAUUACGUAAGCUGGUAUAAACAGGUUCCAGGAGGAGCUCCUCAGUAUGUGUUAAGGUUUUACUACACAAAUGACUCUCCUGAUGAAUAUGGAUCUGGUUUCUCCUCUGAUCGUUUCACAUCUAAAGCCACGUCUGGUAAGGAUUAUCAGUUUACAAUCAGUAAUGUGGAGGAGACAGACUCAGCAGUGUAUUACUGUCAGACUCGGAAUGACUCUCCUUUUGCCCUCGUAUCACAGUGGGUAUUCGGACAAGGAACCAAGCUCAUUGUUACUGAUGGAGAUCUGGCUACACCUGCUGUGACCCUGUUCCCUCCAUCCACUGAAGACCUCAAGUCCAGCAGAGCAACACUGGUGUGUCUGACUAGUAACCUGUCUCAGAAGUCCAAGGGGUUGGCAGAUGUCAGCUGGAUGUCUAACAGUGAAUCAGUGACAGAAGAUGUUUCUACCAGCCCUGCUGAGCAGCAACCAGACAAAACCUUCAAGAUCAGCAGCUAUCUGACCAUUCAGACUGCAGACUGGGACAAGGACCUGCUGUUCACAUGUAAAGUGUCGUUGGGGUCAACAUUCUCUGAGAAAGAGAUCAGAAAGACUAGUUGUAAUCUGUAAAUCAAUAGUUUCAGACAAUCAAUACAACUGGUAGUUUGUUAUAGCUUCACAGCGAGUGCAGCUGUUAUUUCGUUAGAACUGUUAAGUGAUGUGUUGAUCCUUGCUUUGCUGUUAAAUAUAGAAGUUAAAAUCCUAACAACAUGGAUGAUAUUGGGCUGAAGUCUGAAUGCAGCAGUGAAUAGUAUGACAAUAACCAAUGUAAUGUCAAAUAGUUGUUGAGGGUUGUUUCUCAUGACAAGUUACUAUUGAUGCAUUCACUGUACUGGCAUCAUGUUCUCUAAAACAUAACAUCUGAAACACUGUCAUGAUGACUAUACCUCUCUACUGUUGUGAAAUGAGUUGAAUUACUAAUUAUUAAUAGAGGAAUAGUUAGAGCUUUGUUGUAUUGUGGAUAUUAAAUAAAGAACAUUCUAAAGAACAA